ACAAGGACGAGACAAAAGUUUUUGUGUGCACUGCACGGUCGUUUUCCGUUCCGUUGUUUCGAUGGUGCAAAAGUGCUGUGUGUUUCUAUAUUUUUCUCGGUUUUUUGUUGGUACAUCUUUCCUCCGGGUGCCGUGCGAAGUCGGGCGCUGAGUGUCGUCUUUUUGGUGUUCUGCGGAAGUUCUGGCGCACGGCCCUGUGGACACUGUGGGGUCCGUGUUCUGCGGAAGUUCAGAAGGCAGCCAAACUAACAGCGAAAGGAAAAAUUUAGAAGUGCGGUGCUGGUGUGCUUUUUCUUCGUCGUCUCCUCGAUCGACCGAGCUUUCACAGCUGCACUUCUACGGCCGCUACGGCGUGUAUGUUGUUUUGCGUGUUUACGUGAGCUAAAAAUUACAGACACUGCUGUGUUCAUACAUUUUAGGAUUCGAUUCUUUUCUCUUCUCUGUCUCGUGUUUCUGAACCAUUUCGUCGUGUCACGUUAAUGUGAUUUGUUGUGGUGUUGUAUAAUAGUACCUUGAGCAGCAGCAGCAGCAAAAAAAAACCGCAAACGAGUGAGUGUGUGUGCGUGUGCGUGUUUUUAUUUCCUGACAAAACAAAACAAAACAAAAAUAAAACGCCGCCAACCAGUGUUGUGAAUUGUUAAUUAAAUUAAAAGUUUAGCAGCAGCAGCCCGCACCGCAGCUAGAAAGCCGAAACGAUGGCGGCUUUCAUCGCUAAGCAAAUGGUUGGCAGCCAGCUGAAUGCUGUUAAAGGAGCUGCCGGAGGCGCUGUAGGCGGUGAUGGCGGUGACGAUGAGAAUGACAAAGAGAAGGAGGAGGAGGCCGAGCGCGAACGCCAGGAGGCGAUCAAAGAGGCUGAGGACCGACGAAAGGAGAAGCACCGUAAGAUGGAGGAGGAGCGAGAAAAGAUGCGACAGGAGAUCCGGGACAAAUAUAACAUAAAGAAAAAGGAGGAAGUGGUCGAGAUGGCACCCCAGGAGGAACCCAACCCGCUGAUGCGGAAAAAGAAAACGCCGGAAGAGCUGGCGGCCGAGGCGGAACAGGAGGAUCUGGACGACUUCACGAAUGGCGACCCGUCAAGCGGUAAUAGAAAGUUGAAAAACUCCAUAGAGACGCAGGUGAACGAGAUCAAGACGCAGAUCGAGGGAAAAUGCUCCUUACAGUGAUUAUCCAUCAUCCGUAUUCAGCAGUAUAUUCAAUAAUAUUAAACCUAAUUUAAAGAAGAAAAAGGAAUAAGAAACCAACAGAAUGCAAAUGUUAUAGAAAACAAAAAAUAGUAAUUAUUUAAAGAAAAAAGCAUGAAAAACAAGUAAUUAAAACAUAUUUAAAUGUAACGUUUUAAAUUAAACUUAAAAACAAGCAUGAGGAAGACAGAGAAAAGCAUAACGUUUAAGCAGCAUUUAUCACCAUCACCAGUACCACCACAGAGAGCAACCAACCUACACACAUACCGAACACAGGAGAGAAGCGCACCGUUUGAACGCAGUGCAGUAGAUAUCGGUGUGAGCACCAACAACAACGACCCAUACCCAGACACACGAUACACAUCCCCGGAAACCAAAACAAUAGCGGCGACGACACGAACAUUCAUGCAACGGAUUCAACGGGAGCACAUUUCGACUCAUACCACAUACCAUUGAGAAACUAACGAACGUUGAGUAUUAGUAAACCAAAUAAGAGAAAAGAAAAAAAAAACAUUGUUAAAAAUAGGACACCCAGGUGAAUCAACUUAUUGAAAAAUGUGAUUAUUGACAAAAAAAAGCCCUUUCGAUUAUUCGCGGCUCCUUUGUUUGUGUUGCUUCUGGCAGUGGAUAUAAGGACGGUGGCAAGUGUUCGCAGCUCUGCAGCAGAAAAAAAACAGCAAGCCGAAAUAAAAGCGACAAGCAUUGUGAUAGGCCAGUUUUUGGAGAAAAAUCGUAAUUCGUUUUUGUAGUUAAACAAUAGAUUUUGCUUUCGACCGUUCCGAUUGGGUUUGUGUCAUUUUUAAAUAAAUUAGAAGUUUAGAAGAAGCAUAAUUUUAGAGCAACAAAAUGAAUACAAGAAAAAAAACAUCCUAGCAAAAUUAGAACAGAUUAGAGGGUUAGCUUGAAAUUCGUUGACAAUUUGGAACAUGUUGUAAAAAUUCCCGAUCGACAGGUGACAGGGUUCACCAGAGAAAAAAAAAAGAAACGAACAAAUCAUAGGACAAAUUUAUUCUAUCUAAACAGCAGUGCCGAGGGUAUUCAAAACGAACACAUACAUGAAAAUUACGAAUUACCCCCAAACAGAACUGUAAUUACUGCAUAUUUAUAUUGGUUGUUGUUUGGAGCAAUGAUUUGCCGUUACUUCUCGGUUUUUGAGAAUAUUCUAUUACUGUUUGCAAAUAUUUGCCUGAUGAGUAGUUUUAGCGAGCAGAUAUACAACACAAAAGAGAAGCAAUCAUUCAUCCAAAUUCCUUGAUCCCAUUUGACAGCGCCACUUAAACGGUGUGUAUUUGAUGUUAUUCUACAACGUUUUUGUCGUAAGUGCACUACGAGGCAGAUUAGAUGCGGAUUACCAUAAAUACAGUGCACUUUCUGUUAAUUGUUUUCCAAAUUUUAAAACUAUCUGUUAGACUUUUCUGAUGCCAUUUUAGUGCUACUGCUCAAAGCGACGUUUAUUCCAAUCCCUUAGUUACAGGGCUGCAAACGUCAUACUGGGGAAAGGGUUCGUGUUUAAUCGAUGAACUGUUUGGUUAUUGAAUAAGAAUCCUUUUCCCAGCGAGCGUAAGAAUGUCUAUCAAUAUUCUCAAUCGUCUGCAAGCAGCUGCAGUUAAAGCGUCGUUAAAAGCUAAAUUUACUUAUUUAAAAUUGCAUGGAUACUGAUUGUUACAGGUAAACAUCAACUGUGUUGAUGUUUACCAGCCGGUCAAAACGGAUACAUUCGCAUAUUUCCGAUCUGUUCUCACACACAUUCUGUUCAAUGUCGCGCUAAUUGAUGUCGUGUCGCUAUUAGUAAAUGUAUUGUAAACUAAACAAUCCCCUGACAAACAGCAAAACAAAUCAUACCGAACCAAAUAGUUUCACCUGUUUUAGUGAGGGAUGAUGAUGUAAACACAACAACACUAACAAACAAAACCAAACCAAAAACGAAAAGUAGUCUGUUUAUCUCUCUAUCCUAUCGUUGAAAAUCAUUGAUUAAUGACGAAAGCGAAAGCAAAUGUUGAAUGAAAUUAGCGAACACUCAUACUAUUUAAGCAUUUCCCCUAAGACACUUAAAUUCUCUUCUUACUAUCAAACAAAAAGAACAAUAACAAGCAUCACUAUUCUGAACAAUUGGCGUACAAUUGGAAACUGAAAACCUACCCCAGUGGAUAUAUUUCGAUCUUCAAAUAAUUGCAUUUCGGCAAUAAAUUCCCGGCAAGUUUCUCUCAUCUGCACAUCGCCCAGCUCUGGCCGAACCGCGGAGAACACUUACACACUAGCAGUCGGUUUAAUGAAAUAAAUCCAAAAACAAACGACUUCAUUGUCUACCAUCGGAAAUUUACAGUCCCCAAACUAACCAACACGAAAUAAUAUCAACCAAAAAGUGAAAACCGAAAAAAAUGGAACAAAACGACGUUUGUUUAUAAUUGUUGAAGAGAAUUAAUGAAAAGUUACACAUUAAAAAUAAAACACAAAAAACUGUUGAAAA